AUGUUCUCCAAAACAAUAAUUUUCUCCGCCUUAGUGGCUUUAGUAGUCAGCACUUCACCGAGUGCUAACCCAACACCACAAGUACCAGUAGUUUCCCAAGACUUCGAUCUCGCACCAGACGGUUCUUACAAGUUCAACUUCGAAUCGGCAGACGGCAUCAAACAAGAACAACACGGUGCACCGAAAGUCGUCGACAAAGACGUCGUUGUUGAAGUAGUCGCCGGUUCCGCUUCGUAUACGGACUUGGAAGGAGGCAAACACGAAAUCAGCUACGUAGCUGAUGAAAACGGUUAUCAACCGAUCGGUGCUGAUAUACCUGUAGCUCCCAAAAUUCCUCCCAUGAUCGCUAGGGCUUUGCAAUAUAUUGCUGACCAUCCACACCCAGAAGAAAAACAAUAA